AUGCCUGGAAAGAUAUGUAUUGUUACGGACACCACCCCUGCUCCUGCACACAAAGACCCUGUCCGCCCCUGUCGCCUCCCGUCCCUCUGUCCCCCUCAGAACGGCCCCGGAGCAGGAGGAGGGGCCCCUGUAGGACAAUGGGGGCCCCUCCUCUCGUCCUCCGCCUCCUUUGUGCUGGAGAAUGGACAGGAGAACAGCAGCUGGCACGGGACGACAUUUGAGACACUGCUACGGCCACCACAUCCUCCUGCAGACACAGGUCCAACACAUCUCAACCCAACCCUGGACUCUCGUGACUACAGGCCUGGUCUACAGGCCCGGGUCUACAGUUCUGGGUCUACAGUUCUGGGUCUACAGGCCCGGGUCUACAGGUUGGCCCCUGUGGUCUCUGUGGACCCUGUGGCCCCCGUGGCCCCCGUGGACCCCGUGGCCCCCGUGGCCCCCGUGGCCUCGGCCUCAUGCCAGUGUCCGGCUGGCUCAGUGCAACUGAAAGACAAAUUUCCAAAGGAUCAGUUGGAGCAACUGUUUGAACAGAGGAAAGAAGAGUAUGAGAAGCACAAGAACAGGACCACAUGUGUACUGUCCAAAGUGCUGCUUGCUCGCCCCAACUCUCCUCUGCAGUAUCCCAUCCAAGGAGUGAAUGUCCCCCCGCUGAAGAGCCGUCCCAUACCAGGUUUAGCGCUGUAUACACAAGCGCGACACCACUACAAGGUGAUUCUGAGCGUGAGCAAAGGCGUCCUUGAUGUAAAAGAUAUCCUAGAGGUGACUGUUACCGGUAAGGGGACGGCCGAGCUGAUCGUGGAGUCCAGCAGCCUGUUGUCGCUAAACGAUGUCCUGGCCUCAGUGUCCUACAAAAGCACCGUCUACCACAUCCACAUGGGUGAUCUGGCCUCCUUUUCCUUUGAGGACCAUAAAGCCGUGUUUCCCAUUGUCAUCCAACAGCCUCAGCUACCAGUCAUGUUCAACACAGGAACAAAAAUCAGUUCUCAAGUCACCAUCACCAUCAAGACCUUCAUGCGCUACGACAAACUCAAAGUCCUCCUCAGCAGCAUCCAGAGCUUCUACCCCUCGCUGACGGUGAUCAUAGCUGACGACAGCCUGGAACCAGAGAAGAUCACUGGAGAAAACAUUCAGCAGUACAUCAUGCCACCAGCUCAGGGUUGGUUCGCAGGCAGAAACUUGGCUAUUUCCCAAGUCACCACCAAGUACUUCCUGUGGGUUGAUGACGACUUUGUCGAGAAGAUGGUAGAGAUCAUGGAGGCGGUUCCGCAGCUUGAUGUGGUCGGUGGGUCAGUGGGAGAAAACCGCUUCUACUUUUCUCUAGAGUAUGAGGAGGGUGACGCGACGGAGGGCGGCUGUCUGUCCGCACGCUUAAACAAGGAGCUGCAGAGACUUCCAGGUUACCCACAAUGCUCUCUGGUCAACGGAGUGGUCAACUUCUUCCUGGCUCGCACGGACUCGGCUCAGAGAGUGCGAUUCGACCCGGUGUUCAAGCGAGUGGCUCAUCCAGAGUUCUUCAUGGACGGUCUGGGCUCCCUGAUGGUGGCCACAUGUAAAGGCGUGACAAUCGGGCACCAGCCUCGCUCCCAAACCGACCCCCGCUACGGCAAAUUCAGAAAUCCCAACAAAGAGGAUGAUAUGCUGUUCAAAUAUCAGUACUACUACUUUAAACACAACCUCAAGUGUAUACUGCGCUGGUAA